GGGAAGGGACAGGCCGGGCAGUGCCGGGCACACAGGAGCGGGGAGCGGCAUGUUCCGAGCGGUCAGUCGGGCGGGGAGCCUCCUGCUGCGGGGCUCCCAAGUACAUUACCCCAGAACGUGGAAUAGAGAGGCCCAGCGGUGCUUGUCCUCCGGCCUCCCCAUGAACACCGUCGUGCUGUUUGUGCCCCAGCAGGAGGCCUGGGUGAUAGAACGAAUGGGGCGCUUCCACCGCAUACUGGAGCCUGGCCUGAAUGUGCUCAUCCCUAUCCUGGAUCGGAUCCGCUACGUGCAGAGCCUGAAGGAAAUCGUCAUCAAUGUCCCCGAGCAGUCGGCGGUGUCACUCGAUAACGUCACCCUGCAGAUAGACGGGGUUCUGUACCUCCGGAUCAUGGACCCAUACAAGGCAAGUUACGGGGUGGAGGACCCGGAAUACGCAGUCACCCAGUUGGCACAGACCACCAUGCGCUCUGAGUUGGGCAAACUGACUCUGGACAAGGUCUUCAGGGAGAGAGAAUCCCUCAAUGCCAACAUCGUGGAUGCAAUAAACCAGGCAUCGGACUACUGGGGCAUCAAGUGCCUGAGAUACGAGAUCAAGGACAUCCACGUCCCCCCCAAGGUCAAGGAAGCCAUGCAGAUGCAGGUGGAGGCGGAGAGAAGGAAGAGGGCGAUGGUGCUGGAGUCUGAGGGGACCAGAGAGUCGGCCAUAAAUGUGGCAGAAGGACAGAAGCAAGCCCAGAUCCUGGCCUCCGAGGCUGAGCGGGCAGAGCAGAUAAAUAAAGCUGCGGGUGAGGCCAAUGCCAUCCUGGCGAAAGCAAAGGCUCGCGGAGACGCCAUCCGGAUGCUGGCAGAGGCCCUGACACAGCAGAAUGGCAAUGCAGCCGCCUCCCUCACCGUGGCUGAGCAGUACGUGUUGGCCUUCUCCAAGCUCGCCAAGGAAUCCAACACCAUUCUACUUCCAACCAACACCGGAGACAUAAGCAGCAUGGUGGCCCAGGCAAUGGGCAUUUAUGGGAAAAUGACCCAGCAGCAGUUAGCGCAGAGCAGCCCCACCCUGAGUGACGGCACAAUGGGCACCGAGACACAAGGGCAGAGCCAGAGUUAGCCGUGCAACUGAACCUCGUGGCUGCCAGCCGGGACUCUUACCUCUAUACAAUGUCGGGCUCAUUGAUUAUUUUUUUUAAUGGAAUUUCAUUUAUGUAAUAUAUUAUUAUUGGGA